AUGGUGACCAUCUGGACAAUUGCCUUUUUUCUGCUUGGAGCAGUCCAAGGAAAGGAAGUGUGCUAUGGUGACAUCGGGUGCUUUUCCGAUGCUGAGCCUUGGGCAGGGACUGCCAUCAGGCCCCUGAAAAUUCUCCCCUGGAGCCCGGAGAAGAUCGGCACCCGCUUCCAGCUCUACACCAAUAAGAACCCCAACACCUUCCAAAUUCUCCUUCCCACUGAUCUGUCAACAAUUGAGGCAUCAAAUUUCCAAAUGGACAAGAAGACACGCUUCAUCAUCCAUGGCUUCAUAGACAAGGGAGAUGAUAACUGGCUGCUGGAAAUGUGCCAGAACAUGUUCAAGGUGGAGGAGGUGAACUGCAUCUGUGUGGACUGGAGGAAGGGUGCCCAAACCACCUACACGCAAGCCGCCAACAACGUGCGGGUGGUGGGCGCCCAGGUGGCCCAGAUGCUCGGCAUGCUAUCGAAAAACCACAGCUACUCACCUUCCCAAGUCCACCUCAUUGGCCACAGCCUGGGAGCCCAUGUGGCUGGAGAAGCAGGGCGCAAGACCCCAGGCCUGGGCAGGAUUACAGGGUUGGAUCCUGUAGAAGCAAGUUUCCAGGGUGCUCCUGAAGAGGUUCGACUGGAUCCCUCUGAUGCUGACUUUGUUGAUGUGAUACACACGGAUGCAGCUCCCCUGAUCCCAUUCGUGGGGUUUGGAUCGAGCCAACUGAUGGGUCACCUCGACUUCUUCCCGAACGGAGGAGAGGAGAUGCCAGGAUGCAAGAAGAAUCUCCUGUCACAGAUUGUGGACCUCGAUGGCAUCUGGGAAGGAACCCGGGACUUUGUGGCUUGCAAUCACCUGAGAAGCUACAAGUAUUACUCGGAGAGCAUCCUGACCCCCGAUGGGUUUGCAGCGUACCCCUGUGCCUCCUACAAGGCCUUCGAGUCUAACAAGUGCUUCCCCUGUCCGGCUGAAGGAUGCCCACAGAUGGGCCACUAUGCUGAUAAAUUUGCUGCCAAGAAAAGUGAAGAGGAGCAGAGAUUCUUCUUGAACACAGGAGAUUCCAGCAAUUUUGCUCGCUGGAGAUACGGAGUUUCUGUAACAUUGUCUGGAAGAACAGUAACUGGUGAGGUAAAAGUUGCUUUGUUUGGAGAUAAAGGAAACACUCACCAAUUUGACAUCUUCAGGGGGAUAAUCAUACCAGGCUCCACCCAUUCCAAUGAGUUUGACGCAGAGAUUGAUAUUGGGACAAUUGAGAAAGUCAAGUUUCUUUGGAAUAACCAUGUGGUAAACCCAACCUUGCCCAAAGUGGGUGCUUCCAAGAUCACUGUGCAAAUGGGAGAGGAGAGAAGAGUGUAUGACUUCUGCAGCGACAGCACCGUGAAGGAGGAUGUCCUGCUCACCCUCAUGCCCUGUUAAAGCCCAGGCGCAGAGCAGCCUCUGGGGC